GGGCGGGACGGACAGGACGGGGCUGUCCAAGUCGGGGGCGCCGCCGCCGCCUCCCAGUGCCUGUCCCGUUUCUUCUUCCGCUAUGCCGCUGCUCGUGGACGGGCGGCUGCCGCAGUCCGCCGGGGAGCUCGUUCGAGCGCACCCGUCUCUGCAGGAAAGAGCCACACUCCUCAGAGGUCAGUCUGUUCAACAAGUGGGACCCCAGGGCCUUCUGUAUGUUCAGCAAAGAGAGCUUGCAGUGACCUCCCCAAAGGAUGGCUCCAUCUCCAUUCUGGGUUCUGAUGAUGCCACCACUUGUCACAUUGUGGUCCUGAGGCACACAGGUAACGGGGCUACCUGCCUGACACACUGUGAUGGAGCGGACACCCAAGCCGAAGUCCCCUUGAUCCUGGACUCCAUAAAGUCCUUUUCCGACCACGCUCAGUGUGGAAGGCUGGAAGUGCACCUGGUGGGAGGCUUCAGUGACGACAGGCACUUGUCACAGAAACUUACUCAUCAGCUUCUUAGCGAAUUUGACAAACAAGAUGAUGACGUUCACUUAGUGACAUUAUGUGUGACGGAGUUAAAUGACAGGGAAGAAAACGAAAACCACUUUCCAAUCAUUUAUGGUAUUGCUGUCAACGUUAAAACUGCAGAGAUUUUCAGAGCCUCCUUUAAAGAUCGAGGCCCGGAGGAGCUGCUGCGUGCGGCGCGGGCUCUAGCAGGAGGCCCUAUGAUUAGCAUUUACGAUGCAAAGACUGAACAACUUCGAAUAGGCCCGUAUUCCUGGACACCACUUCCACAUGUGGAUUUCUGGUUACAGCAAGACGACAAGCAAAUACUCGAGAAUCUUUCAACUUCCCCUUUGGCGGAGCCUCCCCACUUUGUUGAGCAUAUAAGAUCUACCUUGAUGUUUUUAAAAAAAUAUCCAUCUCCAGUGAACACACUGUUUCCUGGAAAUAAAGCUCUCCUCUACAAAAAAAAUGAAGAUGGCUUAUGGGAAAAGAUCUCUUCUUCAGGAAGCUAAAAGUAGGAAUUACCAAAGCAAGCGACUCUUGGCAUAACAAAGACUGCUGGUGGGGUUUGGAAAGAACAUGAAUUUGGAAUCUAUAUCCAUUGAGUCUUAGGUCUUUUUCCUUACUCGUACCUUUCAAAUGACUUUCAAAAUAAAAUCUUAUUUUGGCAAA